CUUGCGUGUGUUUUAAUUAACAGCGAUGAAAUCGAGCAAAAUUGUAAACACCAGCGGAUUGUGGGGCGAGUUGCCGGCGCGGGAGAUGCUCAAGCAGGAAGUCAUAACUCCAGAUCGUAUAGAAAAUAUCUGGCGACAAGUUGCGAACGAUUCCAACAACGCCGACGAUCAUCGCCGAAUGGACAAGCAACCUGAAUAUCUACAAUUACCAAUGGGAAAUGUGCAUGUACUGAACACUGUAAAUUUCCAUCGACAGUUGCGGACAAUGGAAGAUGGAAUUCUGCUCGGAAGUAUGACCGUCAUAGAAUCUCAGAAUACAAGAGAUUCGAAAGAUCAGAUUCAUCCUAGAAGCCUGUUCCAUUUCCUGUCUCCUCAGACAAAAAGAAAUAAGAUUUUUAAGGACGGUUCCACCAUACAUUAUUUAACACCGCAAACUGCACGAAGUUUGUUGAGACACGCUGUGAUCACUCUGUUGGCUCACAUUGGAUUUGAAACCUCAUCGGACGUAGCUGUCGAAACGCUCACCGACGUAGCGGAUCAUUUUCUACGACGGAUGACUCUGUUGUUAAAAGCAGCGACCGAACGGAAAGAUAAUGGAUUUCCUGAUGCCGCGGAAAGAGUGUUGCUUGAGACGGGUGUAGGUGGAGUAGCAGCGCUACACGAAUACUAUCAAGAGUACGUCUUGAAGUUCGAGGAGAAUAUGAAGAAAAAAGUUGAAGAGAUGCUGGAGAAACAGAGGAUUGAAUUUAAUGCCUGUAACAAGGUUUUGGACGAGGCCAAGCUGAAAUUCGAAGAGCUGGACGAGUUCGGUAACGUAUAUCGAGAAGUUCCGACCUUGCAACUGCUCGAUCCCGAAAUGGGCUUCCCACAGAGUCUGGACGCUGGGUUUCAAAUGCUCUACAACCUCGAGCAGGAUGACGUUUCCAGAUUGAACAGCAUGGAGGUGGAAGAGGAGGAAGUGAACGUAAACGAUUCGCCAAAUACGGUAGGGCAACAACGGUCGGAUGUGGUGGUUAAAAAAGGAUGUUGAAAGAAGAGAGAGAAAGAGAGACUUAUAUGUAAUAUAUGUAAAUAUAACUCUUGUAAUUUAAUUUGUGUUCUCAUGUUUGUGUCGUUUCAAGGUUUGUAUCAUUUGCGCAUUAAAAAAGCAGAUUUUGUUCUUU